UGGUUACGAUUCUAGCCGCUUGGCUGUGUUCUGGAUUGCCCUCUCCACCUCGUAUUCUGGCCGGCCGAAGCCGAGCUAGAGUCACUCAGUUCGUUCUUCAUCCAGCCGACUUUCGCCCUGAACGUCCUGGCCGAGAUGGUGUGGCGUGAGACGAGGAGGCGAUUAGAUAUUUGGCAGUUUCCUUUUCAGUACUUUAUUUCAUUGUUGUACGAGUCUCUGAUGUUGCGGUGUGAGUGGUUACAGAAAGAUCAGAAAAUGGCUCGAAUAAAGACUAUUAAUGAUCUUCCUGAUGAGAUACUAGUAGAAAUUUUCUCAUAUCUUACUGUGGAAGACCUUGCAACAAGAGUGAGGAAAGUAUGUAGCAGAUGGGAAGAAGUUGCAAAAGAGAACAAACUCUGGAGAAAUUUGACAUACACACCAAGCAAUAAAACUUCACUAGAUCAAAUCAUAGAAGUAUUAAAGGGUGCUCCAAAGCUUCAAAUGUUUAUUCCUGAGGGUGAAUACAUAAAUGGACAACUCUUAAAAGCUGUAGUAACAUAUUGCAAAGAUAUAAGAUCAUUAAAGAUACGAGUUAAUAAAGCUGACAAUAUAUUGGUUUUGAUAGUUGUGUUUUUUUGUCGAAGUAUAGAAGAUCUUUCUAUUGAAACUGAGGAUUUUGUGUCAACUAAGUAUUUGCUGAUGGUCAGUCUGUGCCCAAAAUUGAGGCAUUUGAAACUAAGUGGACAAACAGUUGACAAUAAUGAUAGCCUUUUCUCUGAUAUAUUAAAUGGAUUUCCAUCUCUUAGAAGGCUUGAUAUCAGCAAUUUGCAUUACAAACAUAACGAUUUGAAAUGUUUCUUGAAACAGAAUAAAAAUAAACUGCAUUAUUUGUGUGUGAACUGUUGUCCUCCAGCACAAAGCUGUUUACUUCCGGUGCUUGCUAAAUAUUGCACUGUGCUUGAGAUUUUACAUGUAUUUGGGCAUAGAGGUAUAUCUUCUUCAGCAGAAUUUUCUUGUUUUAAAAAUAUGAAGCACCUGAAAGAUCUUUCUGUCAUAGAUUUUCAAUGCAAUAAUAUCUAUGGUGCAAUUGAUUAUUUUGAAUCUGGAGUAGUCCAUAAUCUUCACAGUCUAAAGUUAAGCAACUUUGGUACAAUUGACAAAAGAUUGACUAAUGCUAUUUUCACCAAGUGUUUGAAUCUGAAAGACUUAAAUCUUGGUAAGAAUAAUUCACUGACAGAUGAUUGUUUACAGUUUAUUGGAAAUUUGAUUUAUUUAGAAUAUUUGUAUUUGUGUGGCUGUAAUGCUCUAACCACUAAAGGCGUUUCUUAUAUAUUUAAAUGUUCUAAGUUGAAGUAUGUGAACCUUAAUAAAUGCAAAAACAUCACGAGAGAAAGCUUGGAAGCCCUUUGCAUUAAUUUAAAACGCAAAAGAUUUUACGUGGCUUCUUCAAUUGGAGCUGCACUCCACUGCGGAACUUGGCCCCCUAAAGUUCUAUCCUCCACUUCUGUUGGUCUUGUGAUCACUUAUUCCAAGUUUUAAAUCCCAUAACUUUUAGGUUCUGAAGCACAUAAUUCUCUCAUCUAAUUUACGUAUUUCCUUUUUACUUGCUCGCAUUACAGUGCAAGAAGAAAAAAGUAUUGUAAUCGUGCGCCGCAAAUCGGUGACUUUUCGACAGAAAAAAUCUUAUUACUGGGCUCUAGUAACGAAAAAAGUGGGUAAAUUGUGCUUCUAUUUAUAGUAAAUUCCUUCUAAAACGUUGUGUUGUCAGGAUUCGUAUCUUGGAGUCGGUCAUUUCCAGUGAUCCUGUUCCAGCGAUCCUUUUGGAUUUUACGUCUCUUGCGAUGUUUUAUUAUUUAUGAAGACUUUAAUUUGUCAUUUGCUUCUCUUCUCGAAAUUUGUUCAUCUUUGUUAAUUAAUCGGCAAACACGCGCUUAGCAACUAACCAUCUAUACAAGUUUUAAGAGCGCGUCCAUAGCAUCGGCCGUUAAAAUGCUCGAGAGUCCAUUAAAAUGAUUUUAACCGACUUUCGGGUUUCGAUAUUACCAGGGUUUAUAAAUCUUUGGAUAAAAAUGUUUUUUCCACAAAAUAGAUUUUU